CAACAAAUCAAAGCACCUGCAGUGUUACAGUUCGAUCUUUUACGAGAGAUUAACAAAGAUGGUUCAAUCAUAAAGAACCUUACUGUCAUCACUUGCGAAUGGAUGGUAACGUCACCAAAAGAACACCUUGUUCAUCUGAGGUUUAAAUUUAUAACUGCUUCAGAAAAAAAUAACUGUUCCUUGAAUCCACUAAAGUUCUCAUAUUUUUCAUGGAAACUUAAUUAUUCAUCUCAAAUAAGCACAAAGUGUAACAUGUCAGAUAAAACAACAAUUUUGUCACCUGGGAGCAAUAUGAUCAUAASAUUUAACAAGACGAUUGAUCAUAACAAAGAGUUUGAAGGAUACAACUUUACAGCUGAAUUGACAACAGUUUCUGUCAAGGAUUCAAAAAUCUCCGCAAUCAAAUUUCCUAGUAAUACAGUGGCCGACUAUAUUAAAGUUAGAACCAUAUUACCUCGAAUGACAAGUCUAACAGCGUGCGUUUGGAUGAAUGGUUAUGGAUCAAUGUUAAGCUACGCCGUGCCACUCAGAACUAACGAAAUUCUAAUCUAUUCCAGCCAGCAGUCCAAAACUUUGGAACUGUGGAUUGGAGAAAUGGAAUGGCUCAUAAGAGCUCCUGUCUAUGACCGAUGGCAGCAUAUUUGUUUUACAUGGGAAAGUUCCGAUGGCCAAACAAUUGUCUACUACGACGGUGAAGAAGUUGCCAAAAGGUCGAGCUUCAACAAAGGUCACGUGAUAGAACCUGGUGGCGCUCUCAUCAUUGGACAAGAUCAGGACAAAGUUGGAGGGGGUUUCCAAGUAAAGGACAGUUAUGCUGGCAAGCUGACGGGAAUUAACAUAUGGAAAAGGGUACUAGGACCGAGUCAGAUAUCUGCUAUGUCAAAAUCUUGCGAAAACACAAUAGAUAGCUAUGGUAACCUCUUGACGUUUUUUGACGUUUUAUUUAACGGCAUUAGAUAUGGUCAAGCAGAGAUUGUCAACAUAUCAACAUGCAAUAGAUCACCAGAAAUCUCCGCAAUCAAAUUUAGUGGUAAUACAGUGGCCGACUAUAUCAAAGUUAUAAGGACAUUACCUCAAAUGACAAGUCUAACAGCGUGCGUUUGGAUGAAUAAUGCUCAUGGAUCAGUGCUAAGCUACGCCGUGACAUACAGACCUAACGAAAUUCUAAUCGGGGAUACCGACGCGCAGUCCAGAACUUUGAAUCUGUGGAUUGGAGAGAAAGAAUUCAACACGGGAGUUUUUGUCUAUGACCGUCAAUGGCACCAUAUUUGCGUUACAUGGGAAAAUUCCGAUGGUCAAAUAAUUGUCUACAACGAUGGUCAUCAACUUGCCAAAAGGUCGAACUUCAACAAAGGUCACACGAUAGAAUCUGGCGGCACUCUCAUCAUUGGACAGGAUCAGGACACAUUUGGAGGGGGUUUUCAAUUAAAGGACAGUUAUGCUGGCGAGCUGACGGGUGUUAAUAUGUGGAACAGGGUACUAGGACCGAGUCAGAUAUCUGCUAUGUCAAAGUCUUGCGAAAGCACAAAAGAUAGAUCUGGGAACGUCUUGACGUUUUUUGACGUUUUACUUAACGGCAUUAUAAAUGGUCAAGCAGAGAUUGUCAACGGAUCAACAUGCAAGAAUUCACCAGGAUGUCACCCAAACAUAAGUAAUCUCAUCGCAACAAACCAGAGUAAAGAGAUCAUAAGACCGUUGCUGCCAACCAAUUCAUCAUCUGGCCAAUUUUGUACGUGGCUGAUCACAGCACCGUUACAAUAUGCAAUUGUUCUCCAGUUCAGGAACUUCAAGAUAGAUGAAACCGACAAUUGUGAUGAGAAUUAUUUGUCGGUGCGAGAUGGCAAUAGUUCAACCAGUCCAUUAUUGAUGAAGCAGUGCGGUGUCGACUACAAAUGUUCCGUUGUGUCGUCUGGUCGUUACAUGUGGAUAAGAUACAAGAUUGCCGGUACUGGGCGGAUUAAUAACUUUCUGGCAACUUACGUUGCUGUAAGUCAAGGUUGGGCUGCUAGGAAAUAUAGUCCAAUAAAAUUAAUUAGCAGCAAUUCUACUGAGUUUCUCCAAGUUUCUAUAACCAAAGACGAUCUCAAAAGAAGUAUUACUAACUGCACAUGGGUCUAUCAGGUGCCGGAGGGAAGUUAUUUAAACAUCGAAAUAUUAUUGACAUCUACUGAGAAACAAGGCUGUUCCAAUGAACGAUUAGAUGUCAUAGAUGGUCGAAGCGGAAAGCUUUUGAAGUCCAAAUAUUACAACCUGGCGGAAAAAAACGAAAUAUUAUCAUUCUUUGGACGCUACCUG